GGCCGGCGAAGGUGGGCCGUGUCCUGACAGCGGCGUCACCGCACUGGGUGAGUGCGUGCUCGGCGGGCCCAUUCGUGUUCAAAGGAAAUAAGUGAAUGGACUACAUUUGAAACAUCUGCUGUUAACAGGGAUAUUUGUGCACACCAUGUCUUCUGCUGAAAAUGUGUGUAAUCAUGUAAAGGUUUUUAUCCGUGUCCGCCCGGAAAAUUCAAGAGAGAAGAAUGGAAAGCACCGCAAAGUUGUACACGUUGCUGAUAAGCACAUGUUGGUGUUUGAUCCCAAAGAGGAGGAAAUUGGCUUUUUCUAUCGCCCUAAAGUUCAACGCCAGAAUUUUAAAAAUAAAAACAAGGACCUUCAAUUUGUUUUUGAUCGUGUUUUUGAUGAUACUGCCUCACAAUUGGAUAUAUUUGAAGAGACUAAAUCAAUUCUGGAGAGUGUUUUUAAUGGAUAUAACUGUACAGUCUUUGCCUAUGGUGCUACAGGAUCUGGAAAAACACACACCAUGCUAGGAUCAUCUGAGAAACCUGGGGUGAUGUACCUAACUAUGAAGGAGUUGUACAAUCGAAUAGAACAGCUGAAAAAUGAGAAAAACUGUGAUGUUGCAGUUUCAUACUUGGAGGUGUACAAUGAGGAAGUACGAGACCUAUUGACCAACUCCAGAUCUCUGGCAGUGCGAGAGGAUGCUCAAAGUGGAGUUGUUAUCCAGGGAUUAACGCUACACAAGCCUACAUCUUCCAAACAGCUUCUUCAGAUGUUAGAUUAUGGAAAUAAAAAUAGAACACAACAUCCUACUGAUGCCAACUCCAACUCGUCACGUUCUCAUGCUGUCUUUCAGAUUUAUCUAAGACAGCAAGAUAGAACUGCAAACAUCAAUCAAAACAUUAAAAUUGCAAAAAUGUGCCUUGUUGAUUUGGCUGGAUCUGAACGUAUUAGUGCUAUGAAUAUGAAAGCGGCUCGCUUCAGGGAGGGGGCGAAUAUUAACCGAUCCCUCUUGGCUUUGGGAAAUGUCAUCAAUGCCUUAACAGAUUCAAAGGGAAAGACUCAGCAUAUUCCUUACAGGAACAGUAAACUAACUCGACUUUUGAAGGAUUCUCUGGGAGGAAAUUGCCAAACAAUAAUGAUAGCUGCUAUCAGCCCAUCAUCUUUAUCAUAUGAAGAUACUUAUAACACACUAAAGUAUGCUAAUCGAGCCAAAGAUAUAAAAUCUUCGAUAAAGAGCAAUGUUUUGAAUUUGAAUAACCAUGUGGGUAAAUAUGCACAGAUUUGCGAGAAGCAAAGGCAAGAGAUUAUGGAGCUCAAAGAGAAAUUGAAGGCUUAUGAGAGUGAAAGAUUGGUGAUUCAUAACAACCACAGAGAAAAUAUGCUGCUUGGUGUAAAUCCAAAAGAAAGUGAAAUAAAAAGAUUCAAAGAAGUCCUUGAAAAUAUCUUCUGCAAACGACAGAAAAUCAGGAUUAGCUGCUUAGAUCUAGAACUGAAAAUGAAAGAAACGGAGCUGAUGACAUUUUAUUCUAAACAGUAUCAGCAAUGUGCUCAGCUGUUUUCCUGUGAGCCUGCAACAGAAAAGGCAUCCUGCAAGUAUGAAUGGAAGCUUGCUGCACUAAAAACCCAAUCUAACCAUAUUCAACAGAAAAUUAAAAUGGUGGAGAAAAUGCUUGAAGAAAACAGUAACUGGUUGCAUCGUGUGGAAAAUGAAAUUUGCAUAUUGGGCCAGGAUGGAAAAAUACCCCAGGUCCUUAAACAAGAACUACAGUGUUGUCAUUUAAAGAUGGAAGUAAUGGACUUAAAACAACAAAUUCAGCACAUGACUCGGUUGGUUUGUCUCCAAAAACCAGUGAACAGAAGAACAGAAAAGCUUAUAAAUACUUUACUUCCAGCAUUCCACCAUCAAUAUAAAACAUUAAAGGAAGCUGGAAUUGCUUCGGUAACUGCUGAGGAUACAUUUCUAGAAGUGGAACAGUUACUAAAAGAUGAGAAUGGGAAUAUCUGGGAAGAUCAGAUGACAGAAUUACCUGAACAGAUAUCUGAUCAACUAAAUAUUGCUGCCAUCAUGAAUUUCUCGCAACUCACCUACUGCCAGGCUACACCAUGCAGUAUGUAA